AUGAAGGAUAUCCUCGCCGAUUUAACUCCCGGCGAAGCUCUGGUCGGCAAAGAUGAAGAUUCUCGACAGAUUGAAGAUGAGCUUUUGAAUAUCUCAAUGAGUCUCAAGGAUCUAGAGGAGUUAACGUUGAAUGCCGAACAAAUACAAGACGAUGUAUUGAAGGAGAUACUAACACUUAACGCCAACACAGAGUAUCUCCACCGUUUUCUCCAUGGAAGCUCUGAUAAAGAGUUGUUCAAGAAGAAUGUACCAGUGGUAAGCUACGAUGAUGUUAAGCCUUAUAUUGAGCGUAUCGCGAAUGGAGGAGAGCCUUCAGAUGUCAUUUCGGGGAAACCCAUUACCGGCUUUUUCUUGAGCUCAGGAACUUCUGGUGGGAAACAAAAGAUCUUCCCUGUAAACUACAAGUUUUUUGAGGAAAUAAAUUUCAUCUUUGCUCUACGUUCACAGAUUAUAUCCAAGCAUAUCAAGGAUGUGGAAGAAGGAAAGGCGAUGGCAUUUUUAUUCGUUAGACCGCCACUUACAAGCCCCUUUGGUAUGCCAGUUUCUUACGCGACAACGGGCUUUUUUAUGAGUGAUUAUUUCAAGAACCGGCCAACAAAUUGUUAUACAAGCCCUGACGAAGUGACGUUGUGUCUAGAUAACAAGCAUGCUAUGUACUGCCAUCUCCUUUGUGGUCUUGUUCAAAGAAACGAAGUUGUGAGUCUUGCUUCUGCCUUUGCUUCUUCUUUGGUUGGAGCAAUCACUUUUCUUGAGAAUUACUGGAAAGAAAUCUGUAGUAAUAUCCGAUCUGGCCAUGUUAGCGAGUGGAUCUCUGACCUUAGUUGCAGGGAUUCUGUUUCUAACAUCCUUGGAGGACCUAAUUCUGAAUUGGCCGAAUUGAUUGAAGAAGAAUGCAACAAAAAAUCUUGGAAAGGUAUUAUCACACGUCUUUGGCCUAAAACAAAAUUCAUUCAAACAAUUGUUACAGGACAAGACGCUCAAUACAUUCCAAUAUUAGAGUUUUACUCCGACAAACUGCCUCUAAUCUCUCCGAGCUACGGAUCUUCUGAGACAAUGUUUGGGGUAAAUGUGAAUCCAUUGUGCAAACCAGAAGAUGUAUCCUACACUUUUAUGUCCUACUUUGAGUUCCUACUUGCUGAUGAAGGAAACAAAGGUGAAAUUGUUGAUCUUGUGAAUGUCAAGUUUGGGAGCUACUAUGAGCCCUUAGUCACAAAUUAUUUCGGCUUACACAUAUAUAGAAUGGGAGACAUUCUACAAGUGACCGGAUUCCACAAUAGUGCACCCCAAUUUAGGUUCGUACGUAAGAAAGGUGUGGUUCUAAGCCUCAACAUUGAAAUAACAACCGAAGAAGACAUUUUAAAGGCGUUGAAUCAUGCAAAACUCUUGCUUAAAUCUUCACUUCUUAUAUUGAAGGGAUUCACUUGCUAUGCUGAUAUCUCCAUUCUUCCAGCUCACUACGUUUUUUAUUGGGAACUUAAAGCUACAAACAUUAAUGACACUCUUAGACUUGAUAACAAAGUGUUGGUGGACUGUUGUUGUGUAAUGGAGGAAUCAUUUUGUGUUCCUUAUCGAGAGCUUAGGAAAAAAAGUGGACCUAUUGGAGCUCUAGAGAUAAGGGUGGUGGCACAUGGAACAUUUGAUUCUCUCAUGAACUUUUUCAUCUCCAGCCAAGGUGCUUCUGUAUCUCAGUACAAAACACCUAUUUGCAUCCACUCAUCUGAAGCCUUAGCGGUUCUUGAAAAAAGUGUUAUUGCUCGCUUUUUUAGUGACAAGUCUCCUCCUCUCGGAUCAGAGCUUCAGUAUUAG